CGACGAAGAACGAAGAAAUCAUAUCUCCGAUUAGCUUUGAGUUACAAGGGUUAUCACGAAUUUGUAUGCGAGUUAAUACCCGAAAUCCAAAUUUUAUCUGCAUUUUAAAUCUUAAAGUUUUGGUAAAAAUUAAAUAGAGGUGAUCAUUGUAAAAUUUUUGUACAGCAUUCAAGCUUAAAAAAAUUCAAAAAUUGUGCAAAGAUCUCUUUCUCUUCGGAAAAUUAGCAACCCCCAAAACCUGAAAUUGCAGAAUUUUCCGUUUCAAAUUUGUGACGUACGACUUGACAUUUUUAGAGAAAUAAAGUUUAAAGUUCACAUAAGCAAUAAUUGACACUUGUACACUCACCCUCCACAUUGUAUUUGUUGUUGCAUUACAUUGUUGCAUCACCUUAACUUCAAAUCAAAGUUUCACGAAAUCCAUCCACAACUAUUGAUUUAACAUGGCUCAGUCAAUCAGUAAGAGCUCAACUCCACAGAGACCAAACCAAAGUAAAACGUUUGAAAACUAUUGGGAUGAAAAAGAUGUUGAAGAAGGACUCCUGAAUGGAUCUCUGUUUGAAGGUGUCUUAAGAAUAAAUCCCAAAAACUACAAAGAGGCAUAUAUUUCUGCACCUGAUGGAACAGAGGACUUUCUGAUUGAAGGACUUCUCCACAGAAAUAGGGCACUCAAUGGAGAUGUUGUGGUUUGCAAGAUGCUGACAGUACAAACAGAAAAUAAAUGUGAAAAAAUAAAUGGUCAAAGUUUGACUUCACAAAGUGAUCAGCCAAGCAAACAACCUACUCCUAAAAAUGUGAUGGAAGAGAGCAAGAUGAAGGAAAAUAUUCUGAAAAUGGCUGUCAACGAAGGUUUAGAUAAAAAAUCACCCGACAUCCAUGGCCCAAGAAACAUGAAACCAACCAGCCAGAGAAAAAAAAAGAAUUUGAAAGAAGAAAACUGCAAUGAAAUCCAUGAUACCUCUACAGAUUUGCAGAGCAAAAGUCGAGGUACUCCGCCGCCCAUCCCAUCGGAGCUAGCAAAGGUACCCAAGAUGAAAAACGUUGUUGAAGAAAAAAAGAAAAGAAUUCGUCGACCAAAGAAGAAGAAAAAUGCGAUGAUUGAAGGUCUUGCUACACAACUAACAGCAUCGUGUGCCGUUGGAGAUUCUGUAGUGACAACCACCAACAUAGUGACCGAAGCAGUAAUAAAAAUCGCCGUGCAAAGCACACCUAUCACUGUCGUUGAAGAAAUUGUAGAAAUUAGGCAGCAGAGCUCUAAUCUCCCACGUAAAAUAGCCAAGGUCGUAUUUAUCAAAGAGCUAAAGCAUUCACGUUGUGCUAUUGGCAGUUUGAAACAAUGGCCUUACGGCCAGUCGGGACCGAUACCAAGUUGGAUUUUGUUUUCGCCCAAGGAUCACCGUAUUCCUCGUUUGAAAAUACCGUUCACGCCAGCGCUAGCCACCUGCCUCUCCCAACCUAAUAUGUUGUAUUUGGCUCGAAUCGAUUCAUGGGAAGACGUCAAUCAUCCUCUCGGAUCGCUUUGUUAUUUCAUUGGUCAAGCCGGUGAUAUUGAGGCCGAAACUAUAGCUCUUUUACUGGAACAUGAGGUCGAUUAUGGUCAGUUCCCUCAAGAAGUCUUUGAUAGUCUGCCGUCCCUUCCUUGGAGUAUACCACCAGAGGAAAUUCGAAAACGUCGAGACUUUAGAGAAGAGUGUAUAUUCACGAUAGAUCCUGCUGAUGCUCGUGAUCUUGACGAUGCUGUAUCUGGCCGAUUUCUUAGAAUGGCUGAAGAUGGAAUCACAAAGUUGUAUCAAGUCUCUGUCCAUAUUGCUGAUGUCAGUUUCUUUGUUCAAGGCAACACCGUUCUUGAUGUUAUUGCAUCUCGGCGAGCCACCAGUACCUAUCUAGUCGACAGAGUGAUUCCAAUGUUGCCGUCCGUAUUGUGUGAGCACAUUUGUUCAUUGAACCCUGGAGAGGAUCGCUUAGCUUUUAGUGUUGAAUGGACUGUAAAUGACAAGGGGGAGAUUUUGGAAGAAUGGUUUGGUCGUUCCAUUAUUCGUUCCUGUGUGAAGCUUAGCUACGACCAUGCACAGACUGUUAUCGAAGGAAGAGAUAUCAAUAACUGGCCGGUUAUCAAAGGACCGCACCCCUCGUCAGAAAUUUGCAAAUCUAUCCUAGUCCUCCAGGAAUUAGCUGGUUAUUUGCGUAAGAAACGAGUGGAUCAGGGUGCGCUUAGAAUCGACCUGCCUAGGCUGGCCUUCAGUAUGGAUUGGGAAACUAGAACCCCAAUAGGAUUUCGAGUUUAUGAGUUGAAAGAAUCGAAUAGGCUGAUUGAAGAAUUCAUGUUAUUGGCCAACAUGCGCGUUGCAGAGAAAAUUUAUGGUGCAUUCCCUGCUUUAGCCGUUCUUCGUUCACAUCCACCACCGCCCACCCAUAAAUUGGAACAACUUGCGGAGACACUACAAACAAUUGGCAUUCAUCUCGAUGUUACUAGUUCAGCAACGCUGCAAGAAUCGCUAUUGCGUUACGGUCAAGGCAGCACUGACGCUAUUUCAAUGGGGAGAAAUCUUGUGAUAUCUAACCUACUAGCCAAGCCAAUGAAGUGCGCUUCGUAUAUUUGUUCCGGCGUUGUCAAGAAAGAAGAACAUUUUCGACAUUAUGCUCUGAGUGUGCCCUUCUACACUCAUUUCACGUCACCUAUCCGUCGAUACCCGGAUAUCCUUGUCCAUCGCUUGCUUAACGCUGCUUUGGAACAAGAGGCUUUAGACCACUGGAAUCAAAACAUCAUCAAAAGGCUGCUGGAUAAUUGUAAUUCGAGAAAAUUAGCCGCCAAAGCUCUUCAGGACACCCACUCUGAACUUCAUUUGGCAAAUUUGAUUAGAAAAAGUGGCUCAAUCGAAGUUAAGGGCAUCGUAUUAGCUGUUCUUGAUCAUUCGGUUGACGUUGUUUUAAUUUACUUGGGAAUCAUACGUCGUCUGUAUAUAGAGAAACUGCCAUUGACGAUGACACACGAAAAGUACAACGGUAUUGGGAAGUUGACAUUAGUGUGGGAUCCCCAAUCGACAAGCGAACAGCCAACCCGUCAAGUUAUCUCCGUUUUCAGCCUUUUAGAGAUCCUGCUCGUCCCACACACUGAAAAUAACAAACUCGAUUUUACUCUGGUGUUGCAACGACCCACUAAUACGCCGUAAUUAUUAUUUUUUUUUUUUCGUUCGCUUCCAAGACCUCUGUUCCAAAUUUCGGGAAUGAUUCUUUUAGUUUCAUAUUUUAUUCAUUUUUUUUUUUUCUUAUUUUUUUCUUCAAAAUUUUUGUUGUUAUUUUUUUUUUUUUUACGGUAGUUUUUUUUUUUUCAUGGGUAACUGGACGAGUUUUCGUCUCUUUUUUCUUUUCCCUUCGUUUAGCGUAUUGAAACGGGUGGGGAAUUCAGGGCAACUUAUGUUGGUUUCUAUUUCCAUAAUUUUUUUACCAAUCACUUUGUGGCAUUCACUUUUGACUUUGCUUUAUUCUACGCGCAUUUUGUAUUUCAUAUUUUCUUAAUUGGCCCAACUUGCUAAGGUGUUCGAUAUUGGCACCCGAUGAUUUACGCGUUCAAUCACAAUUUGGACUAUUUCAAGUAAAAAUCUUUAUGUUUAUUCUUUGGCGCCAAAUUCUGGACAAAAAAUAUCGAAAUUUUUCAAGUUAAACGCAAUUCUGUAUAUAAAAUUCUCGACCAAGCUAAUCAAUACAGAUGAUCAUAAGAG